AGGCUGCCACAAAGAAACAGAAGUAUGAGAAGAUCAGUGAGAAGAAGAUGUCAACUCCUGUUGAAGUACUUUGUAAAGUGAGUGCCUUGAACAAUGACAGUUUCUUUUAUACAGUAGGAGGUAUUCAGUGCUAUGGAUAUUAGUUUAAUGAUGUUAUGUGAAAAGUGAACUCAUUUUGACGUAUUGAGGUGUUUCAUUAACUUGCAUAUUUUGUUUGACUUCCAGGGUUUUCCUGCUGAAUUUGCAAUGUAUUUGAAUUACUGCCGUGGUUUGCGGUUUGAGGAGGCACCAGAUUACAUGUACCUUAGACAAUUAUUUCGAAUAUUGUUCCGCACAUUGAAUCAUCAAUAUGAUUACGUAUUUGACUGGACGUUACUCAAACAGAAGGCUGCACAGCAAGCUUCAAGUUCUAGUACGGCUGCGGCCACGCCGGGCACUGGUGCCAAGAGGCAUGAACGAGAGGCAAAGACUAGAGGUAAGAUCUAGACUAGAGUCGUAUCUAAAUGAUAAUAGACAGCUUAAGAUGGACGUUAACCACCAAACAGCAAAUUUCAGAUAGCCAACAGCAAAUGUCUAACCGCCAACAGCAACUUUCAGAUCGUAUUUUGAAGAUAAACAGUCAGCCAUUUGAAGAUAGGACAAUUUUUUCAUUAGAAUUGAAGCACGAGUUAGCACGAGUUUUGGGUUACUGCUGGUUGCACAACGUAUCUUCCCGUUGUCAAUUCAUAUCUCGCUGUUUUGUAAGGGAAGGGUUAGCAGACAUGAAUCUGUAUUCGUUGAACAAUCACCGCUGAUCCUAAACUCAGUAUGCAUUUUCAAGUACAUCUUCGUACUUCGUUCUCUUGUUCAAACUCUCUAUUGGUCAAAACGCGUCAUCUCAAUCGCGAAUACGAGGCUCUAGCCUGCAGGUGACGUGGUCUCGAUGACAUACAUUCAUGGGACAAUCUCCGUAUUCUAGUGUCUGGAACUGGUGCUGUAGACGGAUUUUCAGGUUUCGCGAUGGAAGAGUGCGGAAAAUUCGGGGGGAGUGAUUGGGUGGCCAAAAAGCUGCAGCAGAGGUCUGGGGGCACAGCUACCAACGAUUAAAUUAGUUCGAACAAAUUAGUUCGAAUUCUUUAUUUCAGUUAUACUACUGUAAUUUAAUCCAAUGAGCGUUUAAAUUUCUGGGGGGAGGGGGUGCAACUUGCUCUAGGUGGGAUGGGAAAACGUCCUGAGGAAAUGCGCACCCCCUACACAGUACACCCCCAGAAAAUCCGUGUAUGAGUGGUGCUAAUGUUUAAAUACCUGCGCUCUUUUCUAUCUAGGUCGCUAGGAUGUCAAGUAGUCGAUGGUUAUUAACAAGUUAAAUGGUCCUGACAUUGUUUUCACGAAACAAAAUCAUGCCAAACAUCGAACUACAAAUAAUUCUUUGGAUCAACUCCAAAUCUUACUUUUAGCGGCCAUGAUAAAACAUGACAGAAAAAAAAUACGUGUAGCACUUCUUUUUUGGAAUCGCAACAAGUUCUGGUUUCGAGUUGGAAUGUUUUUUAAUCUGUAAACUGGACUUGUUCACACUAUAUAUAUAUAUACUGUUCAUACGUCAUACUCAAUAGUGAAUAAUUAACACGAGUUAGCAAAUAUUUUAUAUUUUAAGUAUGGAUCACGGGAAAGGGUGGGGGUCAGUGUGUGUCAUGGUUGAUCACCACAAGUUCGCCCAACCUGGAAAAUGGCGGGGCCUAACGUCACUGAACUUGUGGAAAGCACGCUUGAAGGCCUGAUUUUCACGGGUGCUUUUUCUCGCGAAGAAUUUCGCCGUCGUUGAAAGGAGUAAUUUUUUCCCGUUGUUCCCCGCCAUUUUUCGGAGGGGGGGGGGGGGGCAGGAAUUUACAUUUACCAGCGCAUUAAUACUGAUUGCCCCCAAUUGGUAAACCCUCCCAGCUCGUUGGCCCAAGUUUUCUUCGACGAGUAAAAUGGAUUAUUGAGUAUUGAUAUAAAAAUGGGAGGACAUGACACAUGAAACACCUGGAGUGAACUCAACCCUGGUGGUGAAAGGUUUCACAUGCUGUUCGGCAACGUUUACUUCACGAUCUGUCAUGGUAUUUUAAUUUGAGAACUGAAUGAAUCCCAGCUAAAAGUUGACGAUUUCACAUAAAUCUCGUAUUAUGCCCGACCCAUCGUGUGUAAACGCAUACCUAACUAAACCCCAAUCUCGUGUUUUCAUAUGUCACAAUUCAUAGUUGUAUAAAUUAUGUAUAUUUUGUUUCUUAUUAAUGUUCUAUUAUUGUUAACUGGUCCAGGCUUGCAUUGCGUGAAGUUCACAAAUUAUGUACGUAGUAUGCUAGAUUCCAUUCCUUUGUACCAUAGUGACAUAGAAUAUACUAAAUAAGACGUACUGGUAUCUAAAGUGUGAUUUUUGUUUGGGUGAAUUAACUGAAUUUCUGUAUUACCAUCACGAGUAUUGGGUGCGAGGCAUCGAUCAACCAAGGCGGACCGAAUGUUGUAAAUCUUUUAAAAAUUUCAUUUUGUGAUGAUUCUUUUACGUACUUUAAGCUCAUUUUCCACUAGACGAAUUUGUUCGCGCGAACAGUAAAAAAGUAGGAACUGUCCAACUUUUUCGCGGCAAAUUUUUUCACUGACCAAUCACAUUGGUCAUUGCCAAGAUUUGUUUUUCGCUUCGCGCGAACAAAUUCGCCUAGUGGAAAAUGGGCUCUUAUGCUGAGCAUUGAUUUUCACACAAGUGUCCAACAAUGAUGAAUAAUUUUGGAGGAAACAUUUUGAAUAAACUCUGUUUGAGCAGUCUGUUUGAAGGAUCUAACUAAAUUUAUAUUGCAAAGUACGUCCACAACUCAAGCUAGAUGGAGUGAUACGAUUUCAUACACCUGUAAUAUUGUCUCUCACAAGAAUGGUUCAAAAAUGUGCUUGACAUCGUCAAUCUGGUCUUGUUUGAGUGGUAAUAAUGGUGAUCUAGUAGGUCCUCCGUAAUAUCCAAACAUUUCCAUAGCCGUCUUAAGACCUGCAAUUCCGUGUCUCGCUGUCACCUACAUUGAGAAGAUUUGACAAUGAGUAUAAAGAGAGUGCAAAUGACAUGUUAGUC